AUCACACCCUCACACAACAUCAUAAAAGUAAAAGCAAAAGCAAUAACCCACACACAACAUACCGCAGUUUCCUCUCUCUUUCUCACGCUAACACAACAAACAAAGAUCCUUCCUUUGUACCAAAAAAAAUAAUGUCCUCCAACCCACCUUUCUUUACUUUCUUCUUAGUUUUCUUCCUCUCAAUUCUCUUGCCCACUUUUCUGGGUCUUCCCAACCCGGACCCGGCUUCAAUCCAAUCAUUCCUCCCAAACCCAUCUCCACAAGCAACAAUUCCUGCAUUCCCUGAACAAUCCAAUGUAGUUGGGUGCCCAUUAGACCUCCCAGAUGAGCUUUUCCAUGGCAUAAACACUGCUUGUAGUGCCACCGAUGGUCAGCUCCAUCAUAGCCGAUGCUGUCCUGUACUUGCUGCUUGGCUCUACUCAGCUUACUCUUCCACAGCCCUUGGAAGAGCAAGUAGAGUUAGCAGCACAGCCAAUAGCACCACCCCAUCCUAUGACAUGCCACUUCUGCCUGAUGAUUCAGAAACAUGUGUGGAGGACUUGGGAAAAGCACUCAAGGGAAGAGGAAUUGAGUUAACAAGACCCAAUGAGACUUGUGACUUGGUGUACUGUUAUUGUGGAAUAAGGUUACACCCAUUGAGUUGUCCUGAAGCUUUUUCAGUGAACCAGCAAGGGAAGCUUGUUGGGGAUGAGAAUGUGAAGAGGUUAGAGAAAGAUUGCUUGAGUAGUAGCACCAAUGUGAAUGAAUUCCCAGGUCUUGGUGGGUGCUCCAAGUGCUUGAAUAGUCUCUAUCUGCUUAACAAAAAGAAAACUUUCAAUUCAAGCAAAUCAGAGGACAGGACCACCAAAAUGCACAACAAAGAUUGUCAACUAAUGGGUAUGACAUGGCUCCUUGCCAAGAAUCGAACGGCAUACAUUCACACAGUUUCAGCAGUCUUACGAGCUAUCAUGUUGAGCAAAGAUGGUUCCGAUCCCCAGUCGUGCACUCUCAACAGCGAUGGAAUGCCUCUAGCCGUUGAUUCGUAUGAAAUCUCCAGUCAUUCAUCAUCAAACACCCUUAGAGCACCCAUUUUCAGCAUGUUAUCAUUUUGUUUGCUAUAUAUGUUUUGCAUUGUAUUGUCCACCCAUUUUUACUAGAGCUGUAGAUUAGAAGCUUCCACUGGAAAGUUUUAACUGCUACAUUUUGUAGUUCUUGUACUCUAUUCUGUUCCUGGUAAUUAAUAUGACAUGCCCAGUUUCUACUU